AUGUCGGAACGAUCAAGGUCCACACCGCUGAUGCGGAUGCUAUUAUCAGGAGAAGUGAGUGGAGAAGCACCAAGAGAUCUCUCGCUACGUGAAAAGAUAGAGAGAUGGAUGGUUAACGAGGGUUCACGGCGCGUUGUGGUUGGGACCUUCAUCUUCGUGCACUGCAUGAUAUUCGCCUUCGGCUUUCUGAAUUACUACCUGAAGGACAACUUGACCGGAGCCCGCGACACAUUCGGCAUCACAUACCCCAUUGCGCGGGCAGCAGCACUCGUCCUGCACUUCGAUAUAGCUUGUAUUCUCUUCCCAGUCUGUCGCACGCUCAUCUCGCUCGCUCGGCAAACACCACUCAAUGGCAUCAUUCCAUUUGACAAGAAUAUCACCUUCCAUAAACUCGUCGGCUACAGUAUCGUCUUCUUCACCUGGGUCCACACCAUUGCGCACUGGAACAACUUCGCGCAAUUGGCUGCAAAGCAGAAGCUCGGCAUUGUUGGCUUCUUGCAAGCCAACUUUGUCACCGGACCAGGAUGGUCUGGGUAUGUGAUGCUGUUUGCUUUGAUGGCCAUGUUCUUCACGGCAAUCGAGAAGCCCCGUCGAGCCAAUUACGAGCGUUUCUGGAAUGUUCACCACCUGUUCGUGAUAUUCUUCGUCUUCUGGAGUGUGCACGGCGCAUUUUGUAUGAUCAAGACCGACUCAGCGCCGUUCUGUUUCGGCACCGGUGUAUUCUGGCAAUACUGGAUGGUUGGUGGUUUUGCAUAUCUUCUGGAAAGAGUGCUGCGUGAGAUCAGAGGCCGGCAUAAGACUUAUGUGUCCAAGGUCGUCCAGCACCCCAGCAACGUCGUGGAGAUACAGAUCAAGAAGGACAAGACCAAGACCCGUGCGGGCCAAUACAUCUUUCUCUGUUGCCCUGAGGUCAGCAUCUGGCAAUAUCACCCUUUCACCCUCACCUCCGCGCCGGAAGAGGACUAUAUCUCUGUGCACGUCCGCAUGGUGGGCAAUUUCACCAAGCGCCUCGGUCAAGUCCUUGGAUGCGAGAACACGACAGGUGAGAAAAAGGAAAGGUCCAGGGUGGUGUCGAUGGCACCUAUUGCAGCAAGGAAGAACGAUCUUAAGCUCACCAAGUUAUUACCACGGAUUUAUGUUGAUGGACCCUUUGGCUCGGCGUCUGAGGAUGUGUUUCAAUUUGAAACGGCUCUGCUGGUCGGUGCUGGUAUCGGUGUCACGCCAUUCGCAUCGAUACUGAAGAGUAUUUGGUACCGGAUGAGUAACGCCAGCGCGAAGAAGACGAGGCUCCGCAAGGUCUACUUCUUCUGGGUGUGCCGUGAUUUUGGAACUCUGGAGUGGUUCAAAUCGCUGCUCCACGCCAUCGAGUCGCAAGAUAAAAGUCACGCCAUCGAAAUACAUGCGUAUCUUACAGCCAAGAUCUCUGCUUCAGAUGCGUCCAACAUUAUCCUCAAUAGCGGCGACACUGAUGCCAUUACCGGCCUGCGUACGGCCACCAACUUCGGCCGACCAAACUGGGAUAUGGUGUUCAGGGCCAUCCGCAAGAUUCACUCUCCAGGUGAAUGCGGCGUCUUCUUCUGCGGGCCAAAGAGCCUGGGCAGCCAAUUACACAUAAAGUGCAAUAUGUACACUGAAGCAGGCAACGGGGGAUAUUCGUUCGUUUGGGGCAAGGAGAACUUCUAA